ACCCUCUUCAUGUCAUGGGAUCGCUGUAAGAGAAAGCACUCAUAGCAUGAGUGAGAGAGGUUUACAGUUCACUGUAAAGGGUUCAAGCCUUCAAGGAGAGUCAGGCAUACACAGUGUAAUCACUCCAUUGUUUUCCACUUAAAAGCUGCUGAUUUUGCGUUUUAUCAUCACAGGCUUUGCUUUUUUAUUCACAAGCUGAAUCAGAGGUCUCAUGGACACAAGAUCUGCACCAUGUCUAAUUAACAGCAUUUCUCGAUUCAUUCAUCUCGUCACCUUCCAGACUGUGAAAUCUGUACCAGUGCAGAAGCAUUAUCAAUAUAUGGUCAGCAUAUUGAAGGAUUUAAAACCCGUGCUUAAUGAAGUUGUUGAUUCAAAAAUACCUACAAAUGAAUUUCUACUUAAAGAAUGCGAGGAAUUGGAUUUGGCUGUCAAUGAGGCUAGAGAGUUCAUGGAGAAGUGGAAUCCAAAGAUGAGCAAGAUAUAUAGUGUUGUGCAGAGUGAGCUAUUGGCAAGAAAAAUCCAGAGUUCUUUACUGGCAUUUUGCCAUAUAUUGUGUAGGUUGCAGCCGCCAUCUUCACUUAAUUCCAAUUUAAACAGUGUUCAGUAUUGUAUUCAGGAGCUUCAAAAUAAUGAGCAGGAGAGCAUAUCGGAACUUGUAGAAGAGGCCAUAUAUGAUCAAAGGGAUAAUCUCAUUCCUCGUGCUGAGAUCCUUCUAAAAAUUGUUGAGUUACUUGGUUUGACAUCAAAUCAAGAGUUGCUGGUAGAGAGUGUGGCUCUGGAAAAAGAGAGAAUGAAGGCCGGAUGUAAGAAAAACAAUGGGGAAAUAGACCACGUAGAUCAGAUGGUGAAUCUUGUUUCUCAUAUUCGUGAUUGGAUGGGUAGUAUUGAGAAAUUUGGGGAAAUAAAUGGUGUACCUGUUCCUUCAUACUUCCGUUGCCCACUGUCAUUGGAACUGAUGUUGGACCCAGUAAUUGUGGCCUCUGGUCAGACGUAUGAGAGGGCUUUUAUCCAGAAGUGGCUCGAUCAGGGGCUUACCAUUUGCCCCAAAACCCGUCAAUCUCUGUCACAUACAAAUCUCAUACCAAAUUACACUGUCAAGGCACUGAUAGCAAAUUGGUGUGAGGACAAGAGUAUAAGGAUUUUCAGUACUUCUGAUUGCAACUAUAUGUCAUCCCCAUCCUUGUCUCAUAAUGUAACUUCUCAUGAUUUUGUCCAUCAGGAUAGCUUCCAUGUUUCUUUGCGUAGCAGCAAUUCCACUUCAAGGUCCUCUCUGGGAGUUGGAAAUGGAUCUGAGAAGCAAAGGAUUGAGAUCUCUCCUAGAUAUAGUGCAGACAAUUGCAAUGUUUGCUGCAGCAAGGUAACUUCUAAAUGUGUCCAACCUUCGCCAGAACAGUCGUAUGUUCACAGCCGAAGUGAAUCAGUCUCAAGUGCCAUUUCCAGCAUUGAGUAUAUGCCUAUGGCAAUGACGACUGGUCUUUCUGAGGAGCCAAGGGUGUUGAGUAAGCAUUUGAGUGCUGGUGUUUUAUCAGAAGUCAAUACUGAGGGUCUGGCUUAUUCUCCAAAUAGAGAUUCAGGAUUUUCUCCAUGGUUGUCAGGGAAACAAUUUCAGAAGUCCAAAACCAUGAUGGCAGUGGCUGAGGAUGGAAAAAAUAAUCAUCAAAGAAGCCUUUCUCUUCCAUUUUCAGACCCUGGAUUUGAUUAUUUGACCACUUCUUCCCAUGUUGAGAAAUUGGUUGAUGAUCUAAAGAGUCAAUCAAAUGAAGUGCAGACUGCAGCUGCAGCAGAGCUGCGGCUUCUUGCAAAGCACAAUAUUGAGAACCGUAUCAUUAUUGUGCAGUGUGGAGCUAUCAAACCCUUGAUUUCAUUGCUCUAUUCGGCAGUGAAACUGACACAAGAGCAUGCUGUCACUGCUCUAUUGAAUUUAUCAAUAUAUGAAGAUAACAAAGCCUUGAUUGCGGAGGCAGGAGCUAUAGAACCACUUAUCCAUGUUCUCAAGUCAGGAAAUGCAGGUGCCAAAGAAAACUCUGCUGCAACUUUAUUUAGUCUAUCUGUAUUGGAAGAAUACAAGAAGAAAAUUGGUCGUUCCAAUGCAGUAAAGGCAUUGGUUGAUCUGCUAGGCUCUGGGACACUCAGGGGGAAGAAAGAUGCUGCGACUGCCUUGUUCAAUUUGUCGAUCUUUCAUGAGAACAAGGCACGCAUAGUCCAGGCUGGGGCUGUUAAGUACCUGGUUGGGUGGAUGGAUCCUUCCACAGGGAUGGUUGACAAAGCUGUUGCUCUUCUUGCUAACCUCUCUACCAUUCCAGAGGGACGGUCUGCUAUUACUCGUGAAGGCGGCAUCCCGUUACUAGUUGAGGUUGUUGAAACAGGAUCACAAAGAGGAAAAGAAAAUGCUGCAUCGAUCUUGUUGCAGCUCUGCACUGAAAGCCAGAAGUUCUGUACCCUGAUUCUGCAAGAAGGAGCAGUGCCACCUCUUGUUGCUUUAUCUCUAUCUGGGACGUCAAGAGGAAAAGAAAAGGCACAACAGAUUCUCAGUCACUUCAGGAACCAGCGAGAGGGAGCCAUUGGAAAAGCAAGAUCGUGACACAGGACUUGAAUUCUUGUAGCUUUCUGUGAGUUUGGCCUUCCCAAGUGCAAUGAAUUUCUUUAACCAGCCAGAGUACAUUGGCAUUUCCAUCGAGUCCCUCAUAUGAAACUUACACGAAAGUAGAAAAGAAUAUGAAGUAUAGUCCAUCUCUCUCUCUCUCGCUCGAUCAAGGAAGUAGCCAGUUCAACUGUUACCAGGAGUUAUUACUGAUUUUGUGGUACAUCUACUGUAUUUGGUGUCCUCUUAGUCUGCUACUGCAGAUAUACAUGUGUAUACUCCCUUUGUUGUUUGUUGUAGUAUAAUUUUAUUGAAGUUCGAUUCUUUUAAACGUGAAAUUCUCUUUUGCACCAAGGAAGCAAUGCAUCAUCUGG